UCCCGCUUAAAUCAUUCAUUUAAGAGGGGCAAACUUUUAAUUCGAUAUAUCCGUUGUAUAUCAUUAUCUAAAAGGGAACGUUUUCGAAUACCAUCCACAUAAAUUUGUAUUGUUUUUCACGUGUUUAAUUUAGUUCAUAGACGUGUCAAGCAUCUCAUCACACAAAAAAAAAAAUUGCCUAAUCUCUUAGUUACUCUAACUUAAUAAAAGUCAAGUCAAGUCAAGCUAUAAUGAAAUACGUCGUUGUUUCUGGUGGUGUUAUUUCCGGUAUCGGUAAGGGUGUUAUUGCAUCUUCUACUGGGUUACUUUUCAAGACCUUGGGUUUGAGAGUUACUUCCAUCAAGAUUGAUCCUUAUAUGAACAUUGAUGCCGGUACCAUGUCUCCUUUGGAACAUGGGGAAUGUUUUGUUUUGAACGAUGGUGGUGAAGUCGAUUUGGAUUUGGGUAACUACGAACGUUACUUAAACAUCACCUUGACUCGUAACCAUAACAUAACUACUGGUAAGAUUUAUUCCCAAGUUAUUGAAAAAGAAAGAAAGGGGGAUUAUUUAGGUAAGACUGUUCAAGUUGUUCCUCAUCUCACCAAUGCUAUUCAAGAAUGGAUUGAACGUGUUGCCAAGAUCCCAGUCGAUGACACUGGUUUGGAACCAGAAGUUUGUAUUAUUGAAUUGGGUGGUACUGUUGGUGAUAUUGAAAGUGCUCCAUUCGUUGAAGCCUUGAGACAAUUUCAAUUCAGAGUCGGUACUGAAAACUUUGCCUUGAUUCACGUUUCUUUGGUUCCUGUUAUCCACGGCGAACAAAAGACCAAGCCAACACAAGCUGCCAUCAAGGAUUUAAGAUCUUUGGGUUUAACUCCAGAUAUGAUUGCUUGUAGAUGUCAAGAUGUUUUGGAAGUUGCCACUAUUGAAAAGAUUGGUAUGUUCUGUCAUGUUGGUCCUCAGCAAGUUAUUGCUGUUCAUGAUGUCAACUCGACUUACCACGUUCCAUUAUUGUUGAAACAACAAAAGAUGAUGAAAUACUUGACCAAGAAGUUAGCUAUUGGUGACAUUGAUGCUACUGCUUUAGCUCGUGGUGAAGAAUUGUUAACUAGAUGGAAGCACUUAACUACCAGUCACGAUAAAUCUUUUGAAACUGUCACUAUUGCUCUUGUUGGUAAAUAUACUCAUUUGAAGGACUCUUACUUAUCUGUGAUUAAGUCCUUGGAACAUGCUUCUAUGAGAUGUAACAGAAGAUUGACCAUUGAAUGGGUUGAAUCUACCAACUUGGAAGAAGAAACCAAGAGAACCAACUUGUCCGAAUACCACAAGGCAUGGCACUAUGUUUGUCAAGCCGAUGGUAUCUUAGUUCCAGGUGGUUUCGGUAACAGAGGUAUUGAAGGUAUGAUUGCUGCUGCCAAAUACGCUCGUGAAAACGAUAUUCCAUACUUGGGUGUCUGUUUAGGUUUACAAAUCGCUGUUAUCGAAUUUGCUAGAAAUGUAUUGGGAAAGACCGGUACUACUUCUAUGGAAUUUGAUCCUUCCCUUAGUGAAGAAGAAGCUACUGUUGUCUACAUGCCUGAUGUCGAUCAAGUUAAGUUAGGUGGUACCAUGAGAUUAGGUAUCCACCCAACUAAAUUCGUGGCUGACACUAAGUGGAGUAAAUUGAGAAAAUUAUAUGGUGGUGCUGAUGCCGUUUACGAAAGACACAGACAUAGAUAUGAAGUCAAUCCUUUGUUAAUUGAUGAGAUCGAAGCCAAGGGAUUGAAGUUCAUUGGUAAGGAUGAAACCGAAAAGAGAAUGGAAAUGAUUGAAUUGAAAGACCACAAGUUCUUCACUGGUACUCAAUACCAUCCAGAAUAUUUAUCCAAGGUAUUGGAUCCAUCGAGACCAUUCUUGGGUUUGGUUGCUGCUGCCUCGGGUAUUUUAGAAGCUGUUUUAGAACGUGAUGAUUUGAAUUACAAGGGUGAUUUCUAAUCCACAUACCUUUUUAUAUAUUGCAUAUUGUUCAUAUAGAUUAUAAUCUCAAAAAAAUAAAAUAAACAUAAUAGACGUUAAUUUACCCGAGUAGGAAACCCAUGCCCAAAAAUUUAAAUUUGUAUUGGGGAGAAACAAUUCGCGUAGGAAAGUAAAAUGUUGGGUUCAAGGUUAUAGAAUGAUCAGAAAUAUUAUCAAAUCGAUCAAUGGGGGGACGAAUUGUGUAGAAAUUUGGUUGCGAUGGCGAUUUAAUUAAAUCCCAUUAAUUUAGAAUAGUGUUGCUUAUUUUUUUUUUUUGUCAAGAGUUAAGAUUUGUGAACUGUAAACAUCCUUCGUUUAACCCAAUACAGAUUCAUAUCUAAACAUUAUUCCAAAUCAAUCAGAGUGAUGUCUUAUGAGGAAUCAGUUUAGUAAAUUCCAGUCCAGAUUAAAAGAAACGCCACUCUAACAGAAUCUUCAAGACAAAUGUCGUUAAGUCAACCAAAAGGCGUUCACGUUACAACAAUGAUCCGCAGCGAAAGCAGAUCGGCUAAAACCACGGCAACAAUGGCAUGAUCUAAGGCUAUAUCCUUGGCUAAUCACAUGGCCGGAUACAACACAAAUCCACCACCUCUUACUGGAUGAU